AUGACGGCCAACUCUGGAGCUCAGGAGCAUCCUGAGACCCAUCUGAAGCCGCGGCUCUCAAGGCUCACUAUGGUCGCGAUGACCUUUGCCAUUCUCAACACCUGGAUUGCCCUUGCUGGAUCAAUCGGCCUUGUUCUCCCCUCCGGUGGGCCGGUUUCGUUUCUUUACGGAUUCAUAUUCUGCGUUAUAUGCAACUUCGCCAUGGCUGCUAGUUUAGGAGAGCUUGCAGCCAUCUGGCCGACGGCUGGAGGGCAGUAUCACUUUGUCUACGCCUUAUCCCCAGAGAAAUGGAGAAAGAUAUUGAGUUUCUGGGUCGGUUGGGCAAACAUUGCCGGUUGGUUGACACUGGUCACUACUGAGGGUUUCUUUGCCUCCCAGUUCAUUUCCGCCGCAGCAGUCAUUGCCUCAAACGGAUCAUAUGUCAUUGAGGCAUGGAAGACGUAUUUGAUAUUUCUAGCCAUCUUGACAUUUACUACAGGUGCAAACAUUUGGGGCAACAAAAUCUUGGGUCGGUGGAAUGAUGCAGCGUUGUACUGGUCCCUCUUGGCUGUCGUGAUCAUUAGCAUUGUCAUCUUAGCAACUUCAUCCAAGACCGACGCCAGUUACGUCUUUGCCAAAUUCGAGAAUGAGACUGGCUGGUCUGAUGGCAUGGCGUGGAUUUUGGGUCUUUUGCAGUCCGCAUUGAGUCUUAUAGGGUUUGAUGCAGCUCUUCACAUGACUGAAGAAAUGCCUCGCCCAUCAGAGGAUGCUCCCCGUGCAAUUUUGUACGCUGUCUUAGUAGGUGGUGUCACUGGCACAGUCUUCUUAAUCGUCAUCCUCUUCGCCAUGGUGGAUCCUGAGAUAAUCCUGACGACAGCCACAAACAUGCCAAUAUCCGAGCUUAUUCUGCAAGCCACCAAAAGUCGCGCUGCUGCCACAAUCUUAAGCCUCAUGUUCGCUGUAUGCUUCAUCAACGGCACUCUCGGUUGUAUCACCAGCGCCAGCCGACUGACAUACGCAAUGGCCCGAGACGGUGGCAUCAUAUUUCCGAGGUUCUUCUCGCAUAUUUCGCCAAACCUAGACGUCCCUGUGCGCACGAUUGGCCUCUGUUGGAUAUUCAAUGCCCUAUUUGGGCUGCUGUAUCUAGGUCCUAGCGUUGCUUUUAGCGCAUACUCAGCGUCAUGCACGAUCUUUCUGAACGUUUCUUAUGCAUCUCCGAUCAUUGUGCUGAUUGCGAGAGGGCGUGGUGUGCUUGCUCCUUACCAGACUGAGUCAACCUUCUUUAAGCUUGGGAAGACCGGUAUCUUUGUCAACUGGCUAGCCGCUCUUUUUGUGGUUAUAACAUCCAUUUUCUUCUGCUUCCCAACGUCGUUGCCAGUGUCAAGCUCUGAUAUGAACUAUGUUUCAGUGGUUAUCGGAAUAUUUUUAGUGCUCAUCACCACAUUCUGGCUAUUUUACGGAAAGAAUUUCCAGGGACCGAAAUUCAACACUAUCAUGGGUCGCCAACCGGGCCAGAUGGAAAUGAAUGCACCAAGUGUCAAUAUGGAAUCAAGUUCUGAAGUUAUGGAUGACACUGAAAAGGUGUUUAAGACAUGUUAA